AUAGCAACAGCGCAAGGUUCACUAGGUGUGUGAAUAUGAAGGUUCUUUUGCAGUCGUUGAGAUACAUGCAUCUCGACAAAAACUACUGUUUGCUCUCAGGGAAGAAUGCCCGAAUCAUCCUGGAGCUGUUCCGUUUGUUGGACGUACAUGACGAGAUGGCUCUGAACGAUAUCCAGUUUUGGUCUUUUAUGCGUAGCGCUACAGACCUGUCCAAAAGCGAGAUCUAUACUGUCUUCGACAUGCUCGACGUCGACUGUUCGGGAUCAAUCGACUUCGACGAGUUCUACCUUCUUUUCUGUAUCCUGAUCGCGGUAAAAGACAAGGAAGAAAAGCAUUUUAUUCACCGCCAUUCCCGCACCGUGUUCGACCUUUUGGAUGAGGACGACAGCGGCAACAUCUCCGCGUACGAGUUCGAGCGCUUCGGGUUCCUGUUUAAUCUGGAGGGCAAGGCUAUCAGGGAGAUAUUCAGAGAGUUCGACGUGUCGGGGGAUCAGGAGCUGGACUACUCAGAGUUCAAGAUGUUUGCUAUGGCGUGCAUUGACAGGCAAGCAGAGAUAGAGUCCGCCGCCAAGCUACCCACAGUUCUCUGCAAACUUGAACCCUGCCGCAAUAUGGCGUGUGUUAUAUCCUGACUCAUGGCACUGUUAUUGUAAUGUUUAGGAACUUUUAAAAAUUAUAUACUUCAUUCCUUGCAUAGCUUUGCUUCAAUAGAAUGUUGAACCCUGUUCAACCGAACUUAUUUUCUCAAUAGGACCAGAACUAGUGGGAGGAGUAGUAAUAAGAGAAGCACGGAGGUAGUGAUAGUGGUAAAAAAGGGUUGGACUUGGUGGUGGGAAUAUCAGUAAGGGGAAGGUGGUGGGGUAAGUAGCGGUAAGGCAGCUAACGAAAAUAGGAAAUGGUACGAAAAAAUGGUGACAAUUGGUAAUACGAUAUAAAAGCCAUUGAAAACUUUUAA